GAACCGUGGCGGGACCGCUUCCACACGCCCACCUUCCUCCGCGGCGACAGCCAGUCCACCACCGACCAGACGCCGACCAGCAACGGGCAGCAGCCUUCUGCCUCGGCGAGCCCGAGCCAGCGGCCGAGCCCGUCCACGCCGUCGGUCUACAGCUUCAGCGUGCCCGUCGCGCCCACCAGCCCCACGCCCGCCCAGCGCCUGAGCUCCAUGGUUGUGAGUCUGGAGCGGCCGCCCUCCAGGACCCGCGCCGAGCAGAUCGACGACUC